AGGGAGAGAGAGCGUAUCGGCUGCAGUGUGAUGUGCAAGUAUGCGUUACUUGUAAGCAACAAGCAGAAGCCGGUUGGAGUGGAGCGUUGUGUGUGCUGUGGAUUCGCAGUUGGAGACAGAACGUUGCAGAGACAGCACAGCACAGGUCGUCGGUCGUACCUGUUGCCAAAUGAAAUGGUACGGUGGAAUCGUUUGGUUAGUCAGACUGUUUAGCCACUGUUAUUAAAUAGUGAAUCGACGACAUGCAGAGAAAUCUUAGACUUAAUGAAUCGCAGCUCUUAACUUUAGCUGAUAAGGCGUUACACGAUAACGGUUAUAGAGGUUACUUGUGUAAAAAGAGUACCGAUUCUAGUAAGUGGCAGCUGAGAUGGUUUGUGUUAUAUCAGAAUUUACUUUUUUAUUACGAAAACGAAAAUUCUAAUAGACCAUCCGGUGUCAUUUUUUUGGAGGGAUGUUAUUGUGAACGACUCAUCACUCCUAAUACUGGAAGAUCUAGUGGUAGUGCUCAAUAUUGUUUUGCAAUAACGUAUCGUCGAGAGGGUUCUAGACAAUAUGAUUUAAAAGCAGAGACAGAAGCAGAAUGCAACAGUUGGAUCCAGGCUAUAGAAGGAGCUAGUUUUAGUAAAGUAGUCCUGCAGAAAGAAGAAUUGGAACAAAAACAUCUUCAUCUGGUGCAAAUUGUAGAAAGUGAAAAAACUGCCAAAUGGCAAUACGCUCAGCAAUGCGAGGAAUUGUCGAUGGAAAUCAAGAAACUUCGUGCAGAACUGUGUCAAUUGAAGAGAGAAUGGCGAAUGACUCCAAGCAAGUCUGAAGAAGAAGAUAGCGAAGAAAUUCGUAAAAUUAAAAAGGUUCAAAGCUUCUUUAGGGGAUGGUUAUGUCGAAGGAGGUGGAAACAAAUAGUUGCAGAAUAUAUCAACUCACCACAUGCAGAAGCUAUGAGGAAAAGAAACAGUUUAGUAUUUAAGAUGGUCGAAUCUGAGGAAGAAUAUGUGGAACAACUUCAGCUAGUAGUUUCGUGUUUUUUGAGACCAUUUAAAAUGGCAGCAAGUUCUCAAAAACCACCUUGUACUCAUGAUGAAGUGAAUUCUAUAUUCCUCAAUGGCGAAACCGUCAUGUUCCUCCACCAAAUUUUCAUCAAAGGAUUAACUGCCAGAAUGGAAAGCUGGCCAACAUUAGUUUUAGGUGACCUGUUUGACAUGCUUCUACCCAUGCUCACAAUCUACCAGGAAUAUGUCCGAAAUCAUCACUACAGUCUCCAAGUCCUAGCCGAAUGUAAACAGAGAGAAAAAUUCGCUGCAAUACUUCAACGUUUAGAGGAGAAGUCGACAUUGCAGGGGCGAACACUGGAAAAUUUUCUAACAUAUCCCAUGCAUCAAAUCCCUAGGUACAUUGUUCUCCUUCAUGAACUUCUUGCACAUACUCCACAUAAUCAUGUAGAAAGAAAGAGUUUAGAAAUAGCUAGAGUUAAAUUAGAAGAGUUAUCGAGGCAGAUGCAUGAUGAAGUUAGCGAAACAGAAAACAUCCGAAAGAAUUUAGCCAUCGAGAGAAUAAUUAUCGGAGGGUGCGAUAUUCUUCUAGAUGUUAAUCAAGUUUUCGUACGACAGGGGAGUGUUAUACAAAUAAUAAGCAGCGAAAAAACGAAAGGUCAACGUUCGAGAAUCGGAAAUUUGAGAGGUGAAAAGGAAUUAGUGAGACAGUGCUACCUUUUCACAAACCACAUGCUUCUCUGUACUCGAACUUCAGCUGGGAAACUCCAUCUUGUGGAGAACGUUGGCAAGAUACCUCUAGCAGAUGCCACACUUAUAGAGGAACCAAACGAACAGUUUCAAUUUACCGUGGACGAUGGAGAGGGCGGCUCCUUAAGUUCCGCUUCCAGUCAGAGCAGCGGGAUGAGCAGCGACGCGAGCAGCGCGACAUCUAGUGGUGGACAGAAGGACUAUGGCGGAUUAGACUUUAAGAUCAUCGUCGACUUCAAGAGUGGUCCACCGGUCACAAUUCACUUAGUAGCACCGACCAUGCAAGAAAAAGCAGCCUGGACCAGCGACAUAAGUCAGUGUAUCGACAAUGUCCAUUUUAAUGAUUUGUUUCAUAGUACAAUGAGUGAUUCAUCUUCGGUUACAAUGCCACAUUCCGUUAGGAAUGAUCCAAGACUUUUUAAGGAUGAUGUAGAUAUCAGAUUUAGCCGUACACUGAAUUCUUGUAAACUACCGCAGAUUCGUUAUGCUAGUCCAGAAAGGUUAUUUGAACGUCUGACAGAUUUACGUUUCCUAAGCAUAGAUUUUCUGAAUACUUUUUUAUUAACAUAUCGUGUUUUCACUGAUGGUGUUACUGUGCUAGAAGCACUUAAAAAAGUUCAUUAUAAUCCAGAAUCACAGUUAAAUGCAAUUGGUCCUGGACUUCAAGAUUCAACAGGAUCAUUGGAUGCUAUACCGGGAGACGGGCAGACAGAGUUAGGACUUGUAGUAGCUGAUUAUGAUUAUUCUCGACGAAUCAGUACUGGAAGCAUGAUGUCUGAUAUUAGUGAAGCUCCAAGAGAUUCCAUUGAUGCAAGCUCAGGGUAUUUUCAGCAAUCACAGGUGAUAAGGAAUCAGCAGCAUUGGAGACUUAGUCAUCGAAAAUUUGAAGAAGAACAGCAGCAGCAACUAAGGGAAUCAGCUCUGAGAAGGACCCGAGAGAGUAUUCCUGCUUCUCCUAGUCCAGAACCAAUUUGUGUGCCAGUACCACCACCACCAACUCCUGAACCUGGUGGUGUUUCUGAUGAAACUAUUUCAGGUCAAUCAAUAGAUAAAAUGUCUCAAGACUCAGGUGCAGAACCAAGUAAAUUAGUACCGCCAUCUCAAUCUACAGAUACUUUAGCAGAGGCUAGUAAUCCUAGUACACCCACAAAUCUUAGUGCUACUGCAAGUACUGUAACUUUGGUGGGAAGUGUUGGAAGUAGUGAUUCACCAAAAGCUAGUCCUAGUCGAAAAAAUGCUCCACAACGUCUCCCAUCUCAUGAAAUGGCACCACUUAGUACACCUGAAGAAACUCCUCCACCCACUCCUCCAGCUACAGCUACUCCUGCCACACCACCAACACCACCAGUGAUCAAUGCAAGUCAAAUUCAACGCACUCUUCUUGAAAAGCAACAACGUCAGUUGCCUGCUCCUAUGCAUCCGAGUCAGUCAGCUCCAAAUGUUAUGAACUACUUAAAAGUAAGGGGUGGUGCUAAACGAGGAAGUAGUGAUACAGAAAGUACCAGUCAAUCUACUACUCCUCGUAGUAGUUUUCAAACUGAAUCUACAAUAUUGUCGACCCCUCGAAGCAGUUUUCAAUUUGCAGAUUCUCCUCAACAUAGCAGUAAAGCUGGUGUUGUUGUGACAUCUUCAAGAGCUUCUACUCGCAGAUCCAGUACAGCAUCUGCAGCAGUAGCUUUUGCCGUAGCUACUGCUGGUGCAACUAAUCCAUUAGAACCCGUUUCUCAACCUCAUUCCAGGGCUGGAAGUCGACUGUCAAGUGCAGUUGGGGCUGAUUUGAAGAUUCCAAAUGCAAAAUUAAAGAGAGAAUCUUUAAUUAGUACUGCUGCUACUAUGAGAGUACUGAACGUAUUACGGCAUUGGGUUUCUAAACAUUCUCAAGAUUUUGAAAGUGAUCCUAAAUUGUUGCAAAUGACUAUUGAAUUUUUAGAAGAAUUAGUUCAUAAUCCUAAUCUUCUUCCAGCUGAACACAAAGCAGCUGGUCAUUUGCUUCAAAUGAUUUCUAAACAAGAUCAGGAGAAAACAUCUAUUGAUUUGGAUGUUUUGCUAGCAGCACCAAGGGCAAGCUAAUAAAUAUUUUGAUUAUUGUUAUCUUCUUUAUAAUACAUCUAUAUUAUUACUCUUACAAUUUUAUUCCAGUAGAUUUGAGUAAACAGUUCUUUAAAUGCAUAAAUAUAUUUUAAACUUUACAUUAUAAUUGAUUUAUUUUAUCAUAUCCAUAAUUAUUUAUAUAAUAAUUCUUCUGACUAAGAUUACUUUUGUUGUUUCAUGCAAGACUGUCAGAAUAGGUUGGAUUUGGUCAUGGUUGAUACUAUUUACAGCCAACAUUAUGAAUACAAUUCUAAUUUCUAAUCAUCUGCUAACAUAUAACACUGUCAAGCCAAACCAAUAGACUUUUCCUUAUGGGAAAAGAAAGGGGGGAAAGCAAUACUUUAGAGAUUGCUUUUUCCCUUAACAUGGCAAUUUCUCUCUCCUUUUAGCCAAACUACUUCCGUCCUUCCUGUAGCCCUAUCAUGUUUGUCUGUUUCAUCCAGAUCAUAUGCAUUCAUAUAAUUUUUAUGUAAUGAAAAAGUUUUAAUUUUAUUCAUAUAUUUUGCAUCCAGCUAUAACAGCCAAUUUCAUAUGUAUUAAAAAAUGUU